CACCGACGAUCAGAGCUAUCUUUGCUGGAUGCUAGCUUGCUAGGUAACGGUCUGACAAGUCGCACACAUUGGGCCAGAAGGGGGAAGCGCAGCGGUGGAGAAGAAGGGCGACCCAAGCGCCACUACGAAAUGGCCGGGCAACAGUUCCAGUAUGAUGACAGCGGCAACACGUUUUUCUAUUUCCUAACGUCCUUCGUCGGACUUAUUGUGAUCCCAGCCACAUACUACCUCUGGCCCCGGGAUCAGAAUGCUGAACAACUGCGUCUGAAGAGCCUGAGGAGGGUGCAUGGCAGGUGUCUGUGGUACCGGCUCAGGCUGAUGAAGUCACAGCAAAGUGUUGUCCCAACACUAAAAAAAGCAGCCUUGUUAUUUGGCUGGGCUGUGUUCCUGCUGCUAGCCUAUAAGGUGUCCAAGCUAGACAGAGAGUACCAGGAGUAUAAUCCAUAUGAAGUCCUCAACUUGGACCCGGGUGCAUCACUUUCAGAAAUAAAGAAGCAAUACCGUGUACUGUCACUCAAGUUCCACCCUGACAAAGGUGGUGAUGAGGCCACAUUCAUGAGAAUCGCCAAAGCCUAUGCUGCUCUGACCAAUGAACAGUCACGGCAGAACUGGGAAAUAUACGGUAACCCAGAUGGUCCAGGAGCAACCAGCUUUGGUAUUGCCCUGCCUGCCUGGAUUGUUGACCAGAAGAACUCAAUGCUGGUGCUGUUGGUAUAUGGACUAGCCUUUAUGGUCAUUCUUCCUGUUGUAGUGGGCACAUGGUGGUACCGCUCUAUACGAUACAGUGGGGAUCAGAUCCUCAUCAACACUACCCAGCUCUUCAUGCAUUUCAUGUACAAGACACCAAACAUGAACAUGAAACGGUUAGCCAUGGUGCUGACUGCAGCAUUUGAGUUCGACCCACGCAGCAAUAAAGAAGCCACGAUACGACCAACAGACAACAUCGAAGUACCACAGUUGAUACGUGAGUUGGGAAACAUCAAUGUGAAGAAGAAGGAGCCUCCAUUCUGCUAUCCUUACAGUUUGAAGGCCAGGGUCUUAGUGCUUGCUCACCUGGCUCGCAUGGACGUAUCAGAAGAGAUAGAGGAAGAUCAGAGGUUUGUGGUAAGGAAGAGUCCAGCUCUCCUCCAGGAGAUGAUCAACGUGGGCUGUCAGCUUACUAUGAUGGCCAACAGCAGAGGAGGUUUCCAUGCUCCUCGGCUGGGGACCAUAGAGAAUUGCAUGAAGCUGACCCAAAUGAUAGUGCAGGGUCUGCAGGAGUCAAAGUCACCACUGUUGCAGCUGCCCCACUUUGAGGAGGAGCACCUCCGCUACUGCAUCUCUAAGAAGUAUAAAGUUCGGAGCCUCCAGGACCUGGUGAGUCUCAAGGACUCUGACAGACGCAGCAUGCUGCGUUUCUUGGGGGAAGAGAAGUAUGACGAGGUUAUGGCUGUGCUGGGCAGCUUCCCUAACAUCACCAUGGAUACCAAACUGCAGGUCCUCGAUGACGAGGACAGCAAUAACAUCACAGCAGGCUCUAUUGUCACAGUAACUGUCACCUUAACCAGAAAACGGAUGGCGGAGGUGUUUGAAAGGGAGCAGGAGUCAACGCUAUGCCUAGCUGAGGAGGCUGCCACUACAGAGGAAGCCCAAGCAGAUUCGAGUAAAUCCAAAACAAAAGUGUGGCAGAACAAGAGUAAAGCGGCUAAGAAGACAACCAAGUCCAAGAAGAAAAAAUUAACCAAGAAGAAGGCCACUCCUGCACCUGUCAAGACCAAGCAAGCCAACGGCAACGUGGCGGGAAAUGAAGUUGUAGCUGCGUCAGCGGCAGCAGUGAAGGAGGAAGAGGACGAGGCCUCAGACAAGGGCAGCGAGUCAGACGAGGGCGAGGCCAACAAGGACUCUCCCAGCGAGAGAGACGAAGACAGCGAUAAACAAAGCGACACAGAGGUGGAUGAGAUGGCUGGUGACGAUGAAGAGGAGUGGGAGGCAUUGCAGCAAAGUAUCCAGCGGCGGGAGAGGGCCCUGCUAGAGACCAAGUCAAAGGUGACUCACCCAGUCUACAGCCUCUACUUCCCCGAGGAGAAGCAGGAGUGGUGGUGGCUCUACAUCGCUGACCGCCGAGACCAGACCCUCGUCUCUAUGCCCUACCACGUCUGCACACUAAAAGACACAGAAGAGGUGGAGCUGAAGUUUCCGGCCCCCUCCAAAACGGGCAACUACCAAUAUUCUGUCAUCCUCCGUUCCGAUUCCUACCUGGGACUGGACCAGAUCAAACCACUCAAGCUGGAGGUCCACGAGGCCAAGGCCAUGCUUGACAACCACCCGCAGUGGGACAUCCCCGACACGGAGGAGGAGGACGAGGAGCAGGAAGACAGUGACGGCAUCGAGGAGAGUGAAGACGAUGACGAAGACAACGACUGAUUGUCUGAUUCCCCCCCCCCCCCCCCCCCC